CCAGUCUGCUGCUCUUUUUGUUUCGUUUCGUUAAGGAUCAACUCAAGACCGGAAUAUGUUAUUAAUGCCAUAGACAGAUGCAUUCAUGCAAUGAAUCUGGAAGGAGAUAUCAGACUAAGAGUGGUUUCACACAAAGAGAAAUGACAGGAAUGCACAUGGUGGAGUUGUUGGAGCAUACAUACGGUCGGAUCUGGCUGGUGACAGGAAACCAAAAUUGGAGUUCAAGUUUUAGAUACCAGAAUAUAGUUGAAAUUCCUCAUCCAAAAACUGAGAGAGUUGCCACCCCUGUGACGAGACAGCGACAGUAAAAAGUUAUCACGUAUACCCGAAAUGUCAUAUUAUUUGGACUAGUCGAAGGCAUGUCACUCACGACUGCCCAUGCCUUAAAUAAUGCCUGGAGGGGCACCUGCCGCUUUUUCCCACAUCACAAUCUCCAAAUGAGCAAAAUGACAAAUAAAUCAAAAUAAAGAAAAAUACCACCAACAAAAAUAUAAAAUCUGCUGAAUGUCCGUAACCAAGAGAGGACCCUCGUGAUCUUAACCAUUUGUAAAUUAAACGUAUUUACUGUAUGUCUUGAUAGUGUAUGCAGUGAUAAACAUAAGUAGAAACAAUGAAAUGUUUAAUCCUUUGGAGAAACGGUAGUAGCAGUAGCAAUUCCUGGAGGCGAUAGAUGCAAACCUUUUGGAGUUAAGGCAGUAGAAAUGCCAAGCUCGUUCGAGUAAAGUUAGUUAAGGUGGUCAGUGCUGUUGCCUAAAGGUGGUAGAGAUGGUCUCUUCUGUUGCCUAGAGGCACUUCAAUUGCAUAGAAGUAGUAGGAAUUUUGUCUUCUAUUAGAGUUAGUAGAGAUGGACACCUCUAUUGCGUAAAGUUAAUAGAAAUAUUCUCCCCUUUGUGCAAAAGAUAUUAGCAAUGCCCAGCUGUACAGAGGAAGGAGGUUAGAAAUGACCGGCACUUUCAAUUUAAGCAGUAGAGACAGUUAAGGCAAGAUUUGCCCACCUCUCUGCCAUUUUUUGACAUGAAAGGGCAUGAGAUCUCGUCCAAAAUAAUCAUUUUUAGUUCUGAUAUUUAUUUUUAUGACAUAGAGGUAUGGAUAACGGCAAUGUAUAUGAUGUUAUUUUUUUCAUAGUGCGUAUCCAUUUCAGCACAAGCUGAUAUUGACUCACUUCCUGCGGAAUUUGCUGUCAUGUCGAACAUAUUUGAUCUACCUUUUCACCGAAAUACACUUUACCAAUCCUCAGUGAUGUACACAACAGCCAAAACGGAAUUGUUACAUUGAUUUUCUAAAAAUGGUAAAGCUAUAUAUAUAUAGGGAAAAUUGUUUGAACAAGUUAAAACAGAUCGUAUUUUACUGAAUCUCUAUCGCGAAAACAAGUUCCAUAUAAGAGUAAUGUCAAGACAAACCUACUGACUAAAAAUUAUUCAAAUGCAAUGAGUUACAUAUAUACCAACUUAACACUUUAUUACUCCCGGAGAGAAUACUCAUUUACACCUACAGAUAUUAUACAUUAAUUUUAUUCUUCACCCCGAUUGAAAAUAUUAGUGGUAAUGAUUAUUUUUAACGUACGCAGACCUAAAAAUGAUAAAAACUUCGCAGUAGUUGUAAGAAGGGUUGGCUACAAUUAAUUACUUUAUAAACUGACAUAUAUAUCUAUAGAUUUCGAUUCUUGUUUUCCUUCUUUAUUAUGUUAAGCAUAAGACUAUAAAAAGAAAUGUUGCUAAUUAUAAAUUGAAACUAAAAAUAUAUAACAUGCAUAAAUUGCCUAAGUCUUAUUUUAAAGAGGAAAACUGCUACGACAAAUAAAUGUUAAUGAAUUGCGUUUUUUCUCAAAACGAUGCAAAGGAAAGCAUUAGAUGGACGUUUUUUCUCCAAAAUAAUAACUUUUCAACAAGAACCUUGCAAAGCGACGACAUCUUUGAUUUUUUGUCUUUGUGAAACUUAAAUUUAUUUGCUACUUGUAAUUACAUUAGAAACCAAUCUGCAAUAAUUAACGACACAUCACCAAAAGAAAAAUUUUAGCAAUUGACAUCUUAUCUAAAAAAGCAAUGGAAACGGACAUUUCCAGAGCUUAUGUAGAGUUUUAUCAUGGCAUGGUCAGGCAUUGAAAAGAACAGGUAUAGGUCUUGAUUCCCAGUAUCAGUAGACUCCUUAGAACAUCACAUAGCAGGUAUUUUGUCCGCCUGCCUGCUGCCCGGAAACAAGGCUAGGAAAUACUUUGACGACCUCUUCUAGGAGGCAGUGCUGGUGUUAUACAUAAAACUUGCGUCUGUUAAAGUAAAAGUGUAUCAUUUCCAAAUGUACAAGCAACCUGAAAGACAUUUAUAAAUAAUUAGGUUACAUCAAGUGGUUGGAUGCAAGUGGAGGAAAUUGUUUAUCAAAGAUAAAGAUCUAUCCCAUAAAUUUCAAUUACAUUUCAUAUACUGGUGUGAAAUGAGAGUUACUGAUCUAGUGUCAAACUACUUCACAUACUUUUUAAUGUUUUCGUUACAAAGUUUCCGUAUUCAUUGGAAGAAUACUCUUCACACGGACGAGUAACAUCAACAAAUCUACUAAGUCUAUUUUAUAUAACAAUCAAGUUUACUGUCCGUGAGGAAACAAUGAUAAAUUUCAUAUGUACGGUAUAUUGUUCUGGGGUAUAGACAAGUUUGGAGAGCACCAACACCCCAGAACGGCAAAUUCUUGACUUGGCAUGCUGGCGCCCCUGCGAACGACACAUAUUGCAUUUAUCGUGUUGGUGCUCUCACUAGCUGUUACGGCAUGUUGGCUCUCUUCGAACGCGCCAACAUGCCGCAAAAAAAGAUAUGGUAAUAUCCUCAUUUUCACUGGUACUUUAUUAUUAUUUAUCGUAGAACAUUUCACUAGGAAAACUCAGUAGCAGGAUUGGUUGAAACAAAUCAAUCUAUAAGACAGCUAAAUGAUUAAAUUAUUUCUAUCUAAUAACUUGUGGUUUUUCAUUUGAUAAUGUUUUCCUUAAAAGAGUCAAUUUUGUAACAAGAUAUUAAUUU